CUUACCCCCUCGAGGUGACCUGCGAGUUCACCUCAGUGUCGAUGGUGGUGUGGCGCGCAUGCAAAGUCUUCCACUCGGAUUCUGGUUUCCUGACUCAAAUCGAGCCACCUGGCAAAUCCCAUUGGGUCAACCAACCACUAACAGCGUGGGCAGUACCCCACUUCAGACCAAUGCACUGCCUACCGCGAACCUGAACACAUCCGGUACCAUUCGUGCCAAGUUUAUCCUCACAAACGGUCCCGGUCGACCACAGCCUGUGGCCUUACAAUUCUUCCGCGAGGACUGCCUUGCCAGUGGUGUCCUACUAGAGUUGGAAGGCUCGGAUUAUCGCCUUAGCCUGUGCAAACGACGGGUGAUUGGCGAUCGAUAUAUUUGUGAUCCACCUAGUCAUUCUCCACGAUUUCAAUUACACCCCGCACCCCACGCACUGAAGACAAUCGGUCUGCAACCAAAACCUCCCAGUCGCAUUCCACUCCCUCACUCCGAUGGUCUUCCUCAAUCAAUUCAAGAUUCCCCGUCUCUUGCUGCUAAAGCCGAAGACAGCAUCCCCUA